CAGAUAGAUACAGUACGAAAUAAUCAAAGGUCAAAAAGCAGACUGCAGACAGUUUUAACCAAAUCACUAUUAUUUCUCGUCUUUUCAGUCCAAUAAAAGUGUUUCACAAUGAAUACUGUAUUAAUUACUGGAGCAAACAGAGGCCUCGGUCUCGGAAUGGUUAAAUUUCUAAUAGAAAACAAAAAGGCCGGAAAUAUUUUCGCAACCUGCCGUAAAACCUCCGAGGAGCUGAAAUCUUUGUCUGAAGUGCAUGAUAAUUUACACAUCUUAAAUUUAGAUGUCACAAACACGGCGCAAUACAACGAUAUUGCCGAGCAGGUAUCUAAGAUAUCAGGAGAGCAGGGCCUAAACCUGCUCAUAAACAAUGCUGGAAUCACCACCAAAUUCACUAAACUAAAUUUGGUGAAACCUGAGCAGUUGAUGGAGAACUUCACGAUUAACACCGUUGCGCCGAUACUACUCACGAAGACACUUGUUCCUCUGCUCAAGAAGGCAGCUGAAACCAAUAGCGACAAGACUAUGGGGGUGGACAAAGCAGUUGUAAUUAAUAUGAGUUCCAUAUUGGGUUCCAUCGCUCAGAAUGACCAAGGCGGUUUUUACCCGUACCGAUGCUCCAAGGCAGCGCUAAAUGCAGCAACAAAAUCUAUGAGCAUUGAUUUGAAGAAAGAACAGAUAUUAGUAGCCUCUAUGCAUCCCGGUUGGGUGAAAACAGAUAUGGGAGGCAAAAACGCGCCGCUAGAUGUCGCCACGAGCGUAAGAGGAAUCUUCGAUACGAUUGGAAAACUGCGCGAGGAAGACAAUGGAAAAUUCUUUCAGUAUGAUGGUUCCGAACUGCCGUGGUAACAAUCUUUAGGAAGCGGCUAAAUUUAGUUAUUAAUGAGUACCUACGCUAAGUCUAAGUGCCUUUUUAAACUCCCGGUUUCCGGGUUAUCCUGUGCAGACACUUCGACUGAUAUCCAACGCACUCGGAUCCGGUACGCGCUCAGCGACUGCAUGGAUAUACGCCAGUCUGCAUUUAUAUGAGAACUAACGCAUAAUGUUACGUAACGCCCAUACACGCAGCCUGAAACUACCUACGGCACCGGCAACGAAUUAAAUAACAUGUCACAAUUUUUAUAUGAGGAGGUCUAUCACUAUUGUGAUACCCGAAUAAAGUUUUUUUUAUGCAAAA